AUGGCUACAUGCACUGGAGCUCGUGAGGAGUGCCUCAAUUUUGACACGUAUCUGCUACUGGACAAGAAUUUCAACGCGGAUCCAGAUAUUGCAGGAAUAAGGCUUUAUCCAGCAUUGCACAAUUACGCAAUACCACUUCUUUGUGGUAUACGCGGCAUCAUGGAUCUCAACAAACGUUCAUCAAUGCGCAGCACAGGUUCUAGGCAGCAGAAGAAACAAGUGGCGCCUAACACGUUUAGUGUUGUUCUGGUCAUCGUCCUGUGGCCUUUGCUUGCUGCUUCGCUGAUCAUUGUUUUGAAUGAGAGGUUCAUGAAAGUGUUGGGGUUGUCGACACAGUGUAUCUGGGACGAGCUCUUUCGACUUCCUGCACGAUCUUUUUUCUUCAUGUUAGUUGAGCAAGCAAUUCUUAUUUGGGGAACCAUCGACACACUGGGGAGUUAUUCAGUCACCGUGGCCGGAUGGAUGAAGGUCCUGAGUGCUAGGCUUAAUUUCGUCCUGAGCGCGCCCAGAAAGGUGCUAUUUCGGAUCAGAAAAUAUCGUGGUCAGCCAGUCCAAAGGAUGCAGCUCCUCAAACCAUCUUGGAAUGACCCGAUGGCGCAGCCGAGUACAGUCUCCCAUCUUCGAAGACACGCGAUCCUGGUUGAAGUAACACUUUGGGUUGUCUUUAUUCUUGCAACCUUGCUACUUUUGCUUUUGGAAUCAAACCUCAUCAACUUACUCAGGAUUGUCGGAAUUGUUACUCUUCAGACGUUGACUAUAGGCUGGACCAAACAGAGAGCGGCGUUGAGUGGGGAGAUGAAAGGGAGUGAGAAUGAAAUGGGGUUUGGGCAGAUCAUGCCUUUGCUACUCCUCAUUCUUCCAAUUUUAUCCAUAAUCCAGAGCUUCGACAACUCAAAGGACUCGGAUGAAUCAACGGCAACUCCAGAGACGAUGUCAACGCACAGCAGUCGCCGGGUUUCAGAAGCACAAAUUACUAGUUCCGGAGCGCUCAUUGAAGCAAACUCUAUAGCGGUUUCAGUAAAUGCUUCUCAAACUAUCAUUGGGUCAACUGGUAUGCAACGGGCCACAACGGAAGACGACGAAGGGAGAAUGCUGGUUGCUCGUGUUAGAACAGGCACCGACCUUGAGCGAUGCCUCGCUCCAGCGCGUUUGAUUUCCCAACCAAGCUCAGGAGCCAAUCUCGACAUCCAGGACGGUUCUGAAGAUACUUCUUCCAUCAGCGCGGAUAUUGCAAAAUUACAGGACGCUCUGUGCAGAGAGCCCUGGUUCCUCACAUUUGUCCUGGCUCUUGUGAUGAUAUACUUUGCAUAUGUUGGCCUGGCCUUCCAAUACUACUUGCCGGUGGCCUGA